UGUACUUGUAUGGGGAGGCACCUGACUUCUAUAGAGCAGAUGAUGCCACAGGUUAUGGGCCAGUGUUUGAGGAGCAGCCGGUGGAUACCAUCUAUCCCGAGGAGUCACCUGAGGCCAAAAUCACUAUGAACUGCCGUGCCAGAGCCAAACCACCUGCCAUAUACAAGUGGAGACUGGAUGGUGUGGACAUUGACCUGAGUGAUGACAGCCAUUACCGUUUAGUAGGCGGCAACUUGACCGUCAGCAAGCCCAUUAAGAAUAGACAUGUGGGAAAAUACUCAUGUGUGGCAACCAACGACUUUGGCACAGUCGUCAGUCGAGAGGCAUCUGUCCAGUUUGGAUACCUUGAUUUUUUCUCUUCGGAGGAGAGGGAGUCGGUGUGCGUUAAAGAGGGACAGGGUGCAGUGCUUCUCUGCGCUCCUCCACCACAUUAUCCAGCUGACUUGUCCUUUCGGUGGAUGCUCAAUGAAUUCCCAAUCUUCAUCCCACUGGACAACAGACGAUUUGUCUCACAGAUAACAGGAAACCUUUAUAUCUCCAAGGUGGACUCUUCAGACAGCGGCAACUACUCCUGCUUUGUCUCCAGCCCGUCCAUUUCCAAGAGCGUCUUCUCCAAGUUCAUUCCUCUGGUGCCUUUGGCAGAACGCCCUAUCAGGAAGUACCCUGCUGAUCUUAAAGUCAAGUUUCCAGAUACCACUGUGCUGCUGGGACAGAAUAUCACCUUGGAAUGCUUUGCACUCGGAAACCCUGUCCCUGAGAUCCACUGGAAGAAGUUAGAUGGACAGCUGCCGCCCAAUCAUGAAGUGCGGAUGGCGGGUGCUCAUUUGUACCUCUACAACGUGCAGUUUGAGGACGCGGGUAAUUACCGAUGUGAGGCAUCAAACUCCAAAGGAAAGGAUUAUCACACUGCACACAUCUCUGUAGAAGCUUUUCCUGAGUGGGUGGAACACAUCAGCAGCACAGAGCUAGACAUCGGUAGUGACUACAAAAUGUCCUGUGUGGCCAGUGGCAAACCCAAACCAAACAUUCGUUGGCUGAAAAAUGGAGUUGCGCAUGACAGCAACAAGAUGACACUCACCAGCUUGACAUUCAGUGAUUCAGGGAUGUACCAGUGUAUUGCCGAAAAUCACCAUGGAGUCAUCUAUGCCAACGCAGAAUUGCAUGUGUUUGCUAGUGCUCCAACAUUUGAACACAACCCAGUGAGUAAGGUGCUGGCUGCUAAAAACGGCCGGGUGGUGAUAAGGUGUCGACCAAAGGCAGCCCCAAAGCCUGUCUUCUCCUGGAGCAAAGGCACUGAGCUUCUUUCCAACUCUACCAGAGUGUUCAUUUGGGAGGAUGGGAGCCUAGAGAUCCUUAACUUGAUGGAAGCAGAUGAAGGGAGGUACACUUGCUUUGCUGAGAAUGAUCUCGGGAAGUCCAACAGCACGGGCGCUCUGCGGGUAACAGAGGCCACAAAAAUCACCUUGGCUCCAUCCAACGCUGACGUCAAAGUGGGCGAGAGCGCUCGCAUGCAGUGCGCCGCGUCACAUGACUCCAACCUUGACAUCACUUUCAUCUGGUCCCUGGAUGGCUGGGUGAUUGACCUACACAAGGACAGCCAACAUUACGAACGCACGCUGAAUGGGAGCUCAAACGGAGAGCUGUUGAUUAUGAAUGCCCAACUGAAGCAUGCUGGGCGCUACACGUGUACCGCACAGACCCCCGUUGACAACGUUACCGCCUCUGCCCAGCUGGUUGUUCGAGGUCCUCCCGGUCCCCCAGGUGGUGUACGGGUGAUGAAUAAAACUGACAAGACUGUAACAUUACAGUGGAGCCGUGGUGCAGACAACCACAACCCCAUCUCCAAGUAUACCAUCCAGUACAGAGACUCCUUUUCAGAUGACAUUUGGAAGAAUGCCACUACAUCCCCUGUAGAUGUAGAAGGGAAUGCAGAGAUAGCCACAGUGGUGGAUUUGUUUCCCUGGACGGAGUAUGAUUUCAGAGUGAUUGCUACCAACACUUUGGGCACAGGAAAACCAAGCAGCGCAUCACCAAAAGUCACCACCCUGGAAGCAGUUCCUGUGGUGGCGCCCUCGGAUGUUGGCGGAGGUGGAGGGGCUAGCAGGGAGCUGACUAUUAGUUGGACGCCUGUGCAGCCACAGUACUACUAUGGGCCUAAUUUUGGCUACAUUGUGGCCUUCAAACCACAAGAUGAAUACGAGUGGAGAAAAGUGACAGUCGCGGACCCGCAGGCAAAGCGGUAUGUCCACAAGGACUCCUCCAUCCCUCCUUCGACAGAGUUCCAUGUCAAAGUCAAAGCAUUCAACAGCAAAGGAGAAGGACCCUACAGCCUAACAGCAGUCAUUUACUCUGCACAGGAUGCUCCAACUGAAGCCCCUGUGCGUGUAGACGGCAGAGCUCUCUCUGCUACAGAAGCCAUUGUGUGGUGGAUGCCCAUCUCACAACGCAGUGUGGAUGGAUACCAGGUGAAGUACUGGAGGAAUCUAGAAGACAAUGAGGGCAUGGCCCAGGGGGUGGCAGUGUCCGGCAGAGAAAACUACACCAAGCUGGAGGGCAUGAAGCCCAACUCCCACUACUUUAUCGAGGUCCGGGCCUACAACUCUGCAGGAUACGGACCAGCCAGCCAACACUUCCAGAUCCACACCAAGAAACCCCCUCCGAGUCGACCUCCCAGAAUAAUCGGUCAAAGGUUAAAGGGCCAAUUUGUAAAUAUUGCGUGGGAGCAGGUGGAGCCACUGGCUAAUGAAGCAGCGAUAGAUGGCUACAGAGUACUACACAGACAGCAGGGCCAAUACGCAGGCACUUUGUAUACAACCAGUAAGCGGUUCAUUGAAGUUCCCCUGCUGACUAAUGGGAGCUAUGUGGUGGAGGUCCGGGCACACACAGAGGGAGGAGACGGGGCUGUGGCACAAAUCAAUAUCACAGGUGGAGGUGUCGUGUGCACUCAGUCACUCAGCAUACUGUCCCUGCUCCUGGUGGCUAUGCUCUGCCUGAACCUCUGAAUGUAGCGUCAUCUUUAUCUAUCCUUCCCCUGAAGGAAAUUCUUUAUGGUUCUUGUCUAUAAAAACUUGGGACUCUUUCCACAAUCUUUUGGUUCUGCCCUGAAACCAGGACAUUAUAUUCCAACUCUCUCCUCUGGAAUAUGUUUGUGGAAACAUGGAAAAGGACAAAGACACCCCUUAUUGAGUACCUACAAAAGCCUGUUUGAGGAGUGUCAGAGGAGUUCUGUCAACUUUUAAAAAUAUGCCUUAUAUAAACAAUUGCACUUAUCUUUCACACUAAUGGAUCAUGACUGCACAUGUAUGCUUUGGAGUGUGAAGCCGACCUUUCUGAUGGAGACUCAGUAAUGAAGGUUUUAUUUGAUCUGUACAAUUUUGGAUAAUAUAACCUACAUUCCAUAGUAUGAGCUACAUAAUAUGUGUGAAGGAUAAGUGUAUGAGGUUGUAAAAUUGUCUUAAUGUCUUUCUUUACUUGCAAGUUUGUGGCAUUCUGUGUUUUCUUUGUGAGAUGAAGCACACCCAUUGUUACAGGGAUACAGUCAAAGCAAAUGGCCCCUCUCAUUAGAUGCCCGACAGAAUCAAGUGACUUUUGUGAUAGUAAAAUUAUAUUAUCCAGUUCAUAUGCAUUUGCUAUCUAAUAAUUACAGAAAGCAAAUUAGGCUUCCAAACUUGAACAAAAUACCAAACUAUGCGCAUGUACGUAGACAUUUUAUCUCGAAGAAGCAUUUGAAUUGUUCCAAAA